CUGGGCAUGCUCCAGGCUACUGGGCGCCUCUUCAUGGUCACUGACUACUCUCCUGAGUGGUCAUAUCCUGAGGGUGGCGUUAAGGUGCUAAUCACAGGUCCCUGGCAAGAGGCUGGAUCAAAUUAUAGCUGCUUGUUCGACCAGAUCUCAGUUCCAGCUUCUCUCAUUCAACCAGGGGUGCUGCGUUGCUACUGUCCAGCUCACGACACAGGUCUGGUGACACUCCAGGUGGCCGCCAGUAAUCAGAUAAUUUCCAACUCUGUUGUUUUUGAGUACAAGGCUCGAGCUCUCCCUUCCCUGCCGUCCUCUCAGCAUGACUGGCUCUCACUGGAUGAUAACCAGUUCAGAAUGUCUAUCCUGGAACGCUUGGAGCAGAUGGAGAGAAGGAUGGCCGAGAUGGCCAGCCACCAGCAGCAGAGCAGUGCUGGGAGUGGUGGCGCUGGAGGAGGAACAGGAGGAACUGGCGGAGGAGGUGGGGCCACUGGAGGUGGCGGAGGGGGAGACAGCAACAGCCAAACACAGGUAAGCCCAACGCAGGCCAGCAGCUCCUUCGAGAGCCGUGUCGUGGUAGUUUGUGAGAAGAUGAUGAGUCGAGCUUGCUGGGCCAAGUCCAAACAUUUAAUCCACUCCAAAACUUUCCGAGGCAUGACGCUCCUUCACCUGGCUGCAGGCCAGGGCUACGCUACCCUCAUCCAGACGCUCAUAAAGUGGCGCACCAAGCAUGCUGAUAGCAUUGAUUUGGAGUUGGAAGUGGACCCUUUGAACGUUGAUCACUUCUCCUGCACACCUUUGAUGUGGGCUUGCGCACUGGGUCAUCUGGAAGCUGCAGUGGUCCUAUAUAAAUGGGAUCGACGGGCCCUGGCAAUUCCUGAUUCUCUGGGCCGUCUACCCCUUUCCAUCGCCCGCUCUCGUGGCCACACCAAACUGGCUGAAUGUCUGGAGCAACUGCAACGGGAGGAGCAGCAACCACCGGCUCCUCUACCCCCUACAACUCGCAUGUCCUUCUCCCCGGCGCCCGACACCCCCACGACAGACAGCUGGAUGCUGAACUGGGCCAAUGAGAGUGUAGUCACAACCGGUGGAAAGAGAGGAGGUCCCGCUACAACGACAACCACAUCAAGCAACACCACCCACAACCCAGGCUUCGGCAGCUUGGGGAAGGAAAAGCUUGUCGCCCGAUUACGCCAGCGGGAACAGCUCGGCAUGCUGGUCAUGGCAGACAGAAACAUGGCUGAUGCAGAAAUGCUGUCCUAUCGGGAUGAUCUGGAGAAUCACGACUGUCUCUCGCAGAUGGAUGACCUACAGGCGAAUAUGAUGUCUCUGGCUGAGCACAUCAUUGAGGCAACACCAGAGAGGAUCAAGAGGGAGCACUUUACUGCUACCGACUCUUUGCCAGUAGAAACAUCAGGGGUCAACAACACCAUGAAUUGGCUGGCCAACUACCUGGGAGAUGUGGAGCAGCUGCCUAGCAUCCUACACUUACGAUCUCUGUAUAAUGAACCCUUCACCUCAUCGUCCAAACCCAACUUGAGUCCAGGAGGUUCUCCGCUAGCAGAGGUACCGUUGGAGAGGCCCACACUCCCAUCCCCAGCAGACUGGAGUGAGUUCAUCAAUGCUUCCAACAGCAAAGUGGAGAGAGACCUGGCCCAGCUAACACUGUCUGAUCCAGAACAAAGAGAACUAUACGAAGCUGCCCGUCUAGUUCAGACUGCCUUCCGCAAGUACAAGGGACGACCGCUUCGAGAGCAACAAGAAGUAGCUGCUGCUGUUAUUCAGCGUUGUUACAAGAAAUACAAACAGCUUACAUGGAUAGCUUUGAAGUAUGCACUUUAUAAGAAGAUGACGCAGGCCGCCAUCCUUAUCCAGAGUAAAUUCCGCAGCUAUCAUGAGCAGAAGAAGUUCCAGCAGAGCAGGAAGGCAGCUAUGCUCAUUCAGCAAUACUACCGCAGCUACAAGGACUCAAGCAGACUCAGGCCUCACCACCAUGGGGCAGCUGCUGCCCUUGUGCAACACAAAUUGAGAGGAAGUCUGCUCACUAAGAGGCAGGAUCAAGCUGCCAGGAAGAUCAUGAGGUUUCUGCGUCGCUGCCGCCACAGCCCCUUGAUGGACCAUAGACUGUUCAAGCGGGGUGAAAGAAUUGAAAAGGGCCAGGGAACAUGA